GUCAGCCUCGUUGCCAAGUUAGGGUUCAUUAACGUUCAUUCUCACCAUCGUACUCGUCGCUCUCGGACUGCACCAUCAGCCUCAAUCUCAACCGCACCCGCUACUUUACCACUUUAGCAUCCAAGUUGGCAACCACUGAUGGUACCGAGUCCGGACGCGUCAGAUUGAUCGUCCGGCGGCGUGGAGCAGGUUUGACGCAUUUUUUUGUGUGCCGGGUAUUGUAACUUACUAAGUAAGACAGAGAUGUGCAGGUGUUUUCUUAUCAUGGUUCUUAGUUUCGGUGGAGUCGGGUCGUCAUUGCGUUACAGCAGCCGUAGAAUUAUUAUUUACUAGUCUUUUCAUUCUUCUUCAUCAACAUCUUCCUCGAACGUUCCAACCGUUAACAUGCAGACGGCUACCAAUCUUUCCCCGCCAUCGGAUAUCAUUCGUGCGCUGCAAAAUAUCCUCGUGUAUUCACAAGCAAUUAUGCCAGAUCUCGAAACCCCGUACUCCCCAGUCAAAUUCCCCAGUACCAACCGCUCUACCAUCGAGCCCGAGCUUAAAGGGCAGAGCAUCAGUGCCAUCAUCGCCGAACGCCGGCAGCAGUUGGAUGCAGUUGUGGGAGAGAUCUUAGGCCUGGAAACAGUCAUGGAGGGUAUCAAAAAACUUCACCAGCAACUCGUCGAUCAAAAGGAUAGGAUCAUCCAGUCCCUGGAUCUGCACAAGAGAUUCGGAUCGGCUCUCUGGCGCUUGCCAACCGAAGUUCUAUCCCACAUUUUCGUCUUCUGUCUCCCAGAAGUCAAGUACUUGUCGCCCGCAUCAAAGUUGGCCCCCAUGCUGCUGACCAGAAUAUGCCGACGAUGGAGGGAGGUUGCUGUGGGCAUGCCGAGUUUGUGGUGUAUGCUCAGGACUGUGGAAGUCGACCACGGAGACUGGCAGCGGCAAGCCUUCUGCUAUGACUCAUGGCUCAAGCGAUCACGAGGACGUCCGCUCUCGUUAGCACUCAAGUGCGUCGCAAAUGACACGACUGACCUGCGAAGCCUUCUUCAGCCUUACAUCAAUCAAAUUUCGUCUCUCUCGAUCUAUUUUUCCCGAGAAGCGGAUCAACCUCAUCUUUUCUUAAACGACCUUCCAGAACUUCAGGAGCUAACCAUUAUCACGCUACACGGGCCAGCUAUUUCACACAUUUCACAAUGCAUCUCGCAGCUGCCGUUCACUCUGAUCAGUCUCAAGUUCAUAUGGCUGUUGUUCGACAUCAAGCUCUUAUCUUCUUUCACUCCCGUAUGGGCCCACCUGACGCAUGUCAAGAUCACGGUAGAUCAACCAAAUGCAUUCCACCACUUGCUCCAGCUAGGUCCUAACCUCUCCUCAUUGACGAUUCAAAUACCCUACGGUUCCUACCAAACACAGGCUUUCGAGCCAAUCACACACACCAAACUUCAAUCCCUGCGCAUCACUCUCACUGAUGGCCCGGAUAUGAGACGCCAAUUACCUGACCUGUUGGAUGCUCUCUCACUCCCUAGUUUACGCGCACUUGAAGUUUGGCGUACUCGGAGAUGGGCUCAUAAGCAGUUCAAGGCAUUCUUGGAACGGUCAAAGUGUCCCCUGAAGAGCUUGAUUUUCGGCACUGAAGAGAUGACGACAGAUGAGCAGCGCGCGGAAUACCUUGCCCUCAUUCCUUCCCUCCGAGUUGAUGUAGUAGUGACUCAUUCCACUUAUAUAAGACUUGGUUGUUACACAUUUCGAGAUGUGAUGAUGAACGGCUUCACAGAUUUGUAUCAGCUAUCUUAGAUAUUUUCACGGCUGUUACAGCACCAUCCUCUAUGAUAGAUGUCAUCAUUCCAAGUUUUGCGCUUAUUUUAUUUUCAGCUUCCAUCGAUCGGUUCUGGCAGAAGAACUUGAAGACAAAGCACUAACACUUUGCUUUGGAGUCAACCUGUUGCUGCCUUGCAGAUCCAAUCAAGUGAGGGUUGACUCUACGUCAAGUGGAUGGUUGGGAACGCUGUCUUAACUGCCAUUGAUCUUUACUAUAUUGGUGACCCCGAUCUUAUUCAUCCCAAGAAGUUCUUAUGGUAUAUCCAUCGAGUUAUACGAUCCCAGUUGGUAACGAGGCUGCACGCGACUGGGGCAUGAUCUAACUUUGCUAUCUGAACGACAAUAUAAAGAGAAGAUGAUGUGAGUUGAGGUGGAGCCUGUACGUGGCAUCGACGAAUCAAUUCUGCG